AUGUACAGGACCAGAGCGCCCGCGUCCUUCUGGGUGGACAUCCGGUCGAGCUGCCUCGUCCACGAGCGAGGAUGUGAAGCUCAAGGUGCCGCUUCCUCCCAGUUCUUGUCCACCAGCUGCCCGGUUUUCCGCCAGGCUGUCCUUCCAGCUGAAGGCAGUCCGACGGUGAAGCAGCUCAAGGAAGUGCUGAGGGAGACAGCUGGGAUAUCUGCCACCACGAAUGCUGUCUACAUGGCGAGGAAGAAGGUGGAGAGAAGCUGUAGGAGCAGGUACGAGGCUUCUUUCAGGGCCCUGAGCCCGUGGAUCCGCGACUUCUGCAUCAGCAACGCUGGGAGCGGGGGAGAUGUGGAGGAGGAGGUGGAGGGGACGUGGAAGGGGACGUUCAAGCGCGCAUGUCUUGUCAGCGGAGCAAUGGCCCACAUGGUCCGACACUGCGGGCUGAGGGUCCUGGGGCAGGUUGCUGACCAAGCUCGUCGCUCGCAGAGUUUCUUCCGGGUCUCGAACAGGUCAGGAACCCCUCAUGAGCCUCUAGGGAACCUGACGCUGGGAUUGUCGAGGUGGUUCCAAGGGCAGGUGAUGGUUGUGGAGAGCUGGCUCAGUGAUGGGUCAAACAUCCCCAUCGCAGCAGGGGUUUUUGCGGAACUCCCGGAGGGCGGAGGAGCGGAGACGGAGGAGAACGCGAGGUACCUGUGGGGCCAUGUGAAGGGCUCGGAGCUGGGCGACUGGAUGAGCGAGAGUCGAGGGAAACUCACGGAGUACGACCUUAUCCCUGCCACCAGCUUCUUUGUGCCCGUUGUGACCGAUGGGAGCAGUUGUGAGCCUGGACGCGAUGGGACGGAAGACUUGUUCUGGAAGGCGCAGGCGGCAACCUCAUGGAAGGAGUGGGACAGCUGCAUGACAGAGCUUGCGGGCAAGAAUGGUGUAGCCCACGAGUUCUUGGAGGAGGCAUCUCACGCUCACCAACGGCCCUCCCGCCAUGCAGGAGACGUUGACUUCGUUCGAAGCUAUGGGAUUAGCAAGUUGGCUGGCAAGAGUCUGUUCGACCUCGACGUUUCUCCCCUCGACCUCUUCCAACAGCUCACUAGGAGCUGGUCCAAGAUAGUUAGGGAGGAGCUGAAGAGGAAGGAUCAGCUGCUCAGCCCUGAUUCACCUGCCACCGGGAUCAGCCGACUCUUCAUAACUCAAGAGGUCAGCGAGAGGUACGCCAAGAAUGUCCGCAGGAGCGCCAUGUGCAGGAUACGAGCAGGGAGCACGAGCGAGUACGCCAUGACGGUGAUGGAGGAAGUCAAAGACGAUCCUGAGGCCAGCGCGAAGCCCCUCCUCCACUCCGUCUCGCUCGUUCACAAGACCUGCAGCCCCUGCGGCUUCUGGCACCAGAUGCAACAGCCGUGCGAGCAUGCAAUCUGUGCAGCGAGAGCGAUGGGAUGGGCGGAUGGAGGGGAAGCGCAACUCAUCCGCAGGCUCUUUGCUCCUCAAUGGCUCGCAGACGAUUUCAUCCUCGCCGCCUCCUCCUCCAGGUUCAGGGUCGUCAUCCCUCGCACUGCGAGCGUCGAGCAGGCAGCGCAUGGGCCUCGCCCUCCUCCGUCCCCUUCCAACGCGUCGAAGCUCGAGACACGACCGACACGAAAGAAACGAAGAGAAGCAGCGAGCGAGCCGAGAGAGCUGCUUGCUUGCCAACCUGGUCAGAGGAAGAGGCCACGCGUUGCGUCUACCAAUGACGAGUGA